AUGAACCAAGAAAGUCUGCAGAUUUAUCAACUGUGGAGACUUGCUGUCCAAGAAAGAGACGAAGCAAGAGAACAUCUGAAACAUUCACUUGCCGAACUCUCUCAACUAAGGGAACUCUAUAACGCUGUACUGUUGUCUGAACAGCAACAAAUGACCACUUAUUACCCCGAAGCCACUGAUCAAACUACAUGUCAUCAGAGCUGUAACUACAAUCACUUCCCCGGCGACUCUCCGUCACCGUCGGAUCUCGUCUCUAACCUAAGUGUUGAUUCAACUCCACUUGAUCUCAGCUUCCGUUCAAAUCAGAGCCGUGUUGGUGUUGAGAGUACGAGAGAUUAUGAAACCGUUGUGCUGGAGAUGAUAGGAGGAACGCUGCCGGAAUACGGUAAGUUUUUGCAAGCUGUUAGUGAAGUUGGAUCGUUGGUUGAGUCAUUGUUCAUAGCCGGUCCGGUUCCGAAAUGGAUAAAUCCUCCGGUUUUAUUGUCUAGUCAAAGACCGGUUAUGAGUAAUCAUAUCACAGUAAACUGGAACAAUGGUGGUUUGGAGUUUGGUUCGCUGAUGCAAAACCGGUCUUUCCCUGUUUGA